AUGGGCUGUCCAGCAGGCCCGCGCAGCGGCCGCCAGUGCUUUGGCUUUAAAGAAAGCUGGUACUUAAUGUACAGAAACUACGAAGUGGAUCCGUACUACGGACUCAGAGCGAAGUGCGUAAAGGUUACUGAAACAGGAAGCGGCUGCACUCUAUGGAAGCCUAAAAGCAGGGUUAUGCAAGAGGACCAAUGCUGCGAUUUCGUUUACGACGUGCUCUGCGGCACAUCACCAAAGUACUACAUCUACGACCACUGCUAGCAGAAGAAAUUUCACUUAUCAUGUGGCUAAAAUGGCAGAUAUAACUAAAGUGGAAUAAAAAUAACGAA